AUGAACCGCCUCUUCGGUAAGGCCAACAGCACCCCCAAGCCAACCUUGGAGGAUGCCAGCAAUCGCAUCAGCGGCCGCUCAGACGUCGUUGAUGCCCGCAUUUCCAAGAUCGAUGCGGAGCUGAUGAAGGUGAAGGAGCAGAUCCAGCGGUCGCGCGGCAUGACGCAGAGCCGCUACAAGCAGCGAGCGGUGCAGUUGCUUCAGCAGAAGCGCAUGUACCAGAACCAACAGGACAUGAUGAUGCAGCAGCAGUUCAACGUGGACCAGCUACAGUUUACGACAGAGACAGUGAAGGACACGCAGGUACAGGUGGCGGCAAUGAAGCAGGCGAACAAGGAGCUGCGCAAGGGCAUGAAGAAGCUGAACAUUGACAAAGUGGAGGACUUGCAGGAUGAGCUCGCCGACCUGUACAUGGACACGCAGGAGAUUCAAGAAAUCAUGGGCCGCGCCUACGAUGUGCCGGAGGACAUCGAUGAGGACGAGAUGCUCGGCGAGCUGGACGCGCUCGACUUCGACAUGGAGAAGGAAAAUGACGCAGAUUACCUGGCUGACGCACUGUCUAUGCCCGGUACGAAGCUGCCUGACGUGCCGACGGGCAACAAGGUGGAUGGGGGUGGUCAGGAGUCGAACACGGUGGACCCGUAUAGCCUCGAGGCGCAGCUGGGCUUGUAG